GAUCGCACUCGGGCCCGAUCCUCACUACGAACUGAAUUACGAGUAGCUCGUACGACAGCUGUCGUCGUUGGCGUUUUUGUGAUCUGUUGGAUUCCUUUCAGUACCAUUUACGUGCUUCAGUCAUAUUCACUUCUGUUGAUGCCGGACUCAUUACACACAAUGUAUGUGAUCGCCUUCUGGCUCGGCUAUUCUAAUUCAGCGGUCAAUCCGCUUCUGUAUGCAGCCUUCUCAAGAGAUUUCCGAGCAGCUUUCCGAAAACUUUACUGUUCAUAG